GGCGCGCGCCGCUGCCAGCCUCACCCGCGCAGCCGCCUGCAUGGCCGCCGCACCAGCCCUACCAGCCGCAGGGUUCGGUGCAGGGCGUAGGAGCGGGCCAGAUCAAGCGGGAGUUGACUUUCCCCCCGGAAUGUGUCGAGUCCACUGUGCCCACGGGCGAGAAGCGGCGCCGGCUCACCAAGGCGGACGUGGCGCCCGUCGACGCGUGGCGUAUCAUGAUGGCGCUGAAGUCGGGCCUCCUAGCGGAGACUUGCUGGGCGCUAGAUAUCCUCAACAUACUGCUUUUCGACGACAAUUGUAUAAGUUACUUCGGCCUGCAGCACAUGCCCGGUCUGCUAGAUCUCCUGCUGGAGCACUUCCAUCGGAGUUUGAGCGACGUUUUCGACGCCCCGAUGCCGGAGAACGAACCGUGGUACGCGACGCCGACGACCGCCGAACCGCCGGCGAAAGUCAGGCGGAGAGCGGAGCCCCCCGACCCCGCCGACCGUGUGCGCGUGCUUUCCGGCGAGAACUACACACUGCAGUCGCGGCGGCGGCACACCGUCGUGCACAAGAGUGACGAGGACCUGUUUGCGCCCGACGAGUGCGAGUCCGACGGCGAGCGCGUCGAGGACGUGCUGGAGCCGUGGCAGUUCGGCGGCGACACGGCGGGCGCCGCCCACCUCGUGCCCUGCUUCCGCGGAGAGUUCCUGCCGCUGCCUUUCGUGCGACUGCUACCGGGCGAAAGGCCACCUUCGCCUCCCGCGCCGCCGACGCCCGCCGCGCCUCCGCAGACGCCCCCAGAUCACGACGUUCAGACGUCUGAAUCUACGCAGCCGCCCGACACGCCGACGCCUACACCCACGCCGCCCGAUACAGACGCGGACAACCUCGAAGCCGAGCCCAUGGACCUGGAGCCGGAGCGGCGGCCGACGCUCCUUAUCCGUGACCCGGCCGGCGUCCUCAAGCGACGGCGCCUGGAAGACUACGAGGAUGAAUGCUACACGCGCGACGAGCCCAGUUUGAACCUCGUCAACGAGACCCGCGACGCCCUGUCCAAGCGCUGCAUUGCGCUUUCGAAUAUCCUCCGAGGGCUGACAUUCGUGCCCGGCAACGAAGCGGAAUUUUCACGAUCGAGUGCUUUCCUGGCGCUCGCGGGCAAGCUCCUUCUAUUGCACCACGAGCACGCCCCGAGAGCGGCGCGGGCACGAGCGUACGAGCGGGCGGCGCGCGACGAGGCAGACGUGGAGGCGUGCUGCUCGAGCCUCCGCGGCGAGAGCGAGUGGUGGUGGGACACUCUGGCGCACCUGCGCGAGGACGCGCUCGUGUGCUGCGCCAACAUCGCCGGCAGCGUCGAGCUGGCCGGCCAGCCCGAGGCCGUGGCGCGCCCGCUGCUGGACGGCCUGUUGCACUGGAGCGUGUGUCCCGCCGCCGUGGCCGGAGACGCACCGCCGGCCGCCGCGCCCGGCUCUCCGCUCUCCCCGCGCCGACUGGCGCUCGAGGCGCUUUGCAAACUGUGUGUGACGGACGCUAACGUGGACCUGGUGCUGGCGACGCCGCCGCGCGGGCGGGUGGCACAGCUGUGCGCGGGGCUGGCGCGUGACCUGUGCCGGCCGGAGAGGCCGGUGGUGCGCGAGUUCGCGGUUAACAUCCUGCACUACCUUGCGGGCGCGGGCGGGGCGGCGGCACGCGAGGUGGCGCUGCACGCGCCCGCGGUGGCGCACCUUGUGGCGUUUAUUGAGCGCGCGGAGCAUGCGGCGCUGGGCGUAGCCAACCACCAUGGCGUGGCAGCACUACGCGACAACCCGGACGCGAUGGGCACGUCGCUGGACAUGCUACGACGCGCGGCCGCCACGCUGCUGCGGCUGGCCGAGCACCCGGAGAACCGGCCGCUGAUCCGCCGGCACGAGCGCCGUUUGCUGUCGCUCGUCAUGAGCCAGAUCCUGGACCAGAAGGUGGCGCACGAGCUGGCCAACGUGCUGUACCAGUGUAGCCAGCGCGCCGAUGAGCCGCGCCCCGAGCCGUAGAGCGCGCGGCGGACAGUUUGUGACGUUGCGGCAGUGUUAUGGUGCAGCAGUGUGACAGUGCGGCAGUGUUACGGUGCGGCAGUGUGACGUUGCGGCAGUGUGACAGUGCAGCAGUGUUACGGUGCAGCAGUGUGACAGUGCGGCAGUGCGCGGGACGCGAGAGGACGCGAGUGCUACCGAGGCGGUACGUGUGUAUAUAGAGUGGGUGGACGUCACUUAUAGCGGUCGAGUGUUAGUCUGUACAAUCCAAUUCUUUUUGUUAUUUAUGUCCAUGAUGAUUUAUUUACAAGAAUGUCAAUGUGCUAUAAUCGAUAUCUUUUGUUCGAUUGAGAAACAGAUGUAUUAUAACUCGUAAUUUUGAUUUUUAUAAUAAAAUGGGACUUGAAUCUGUU